UCCCAAAAAUUUGAUCCAAAUUAGGGUUUUAAACAUAUCCAUACCUAAUCCUCUCUUCAUCCAAAUUGAUCAUCUCAUUUUUUGGUUUUUAAGCAGUUGAAGAAGGAAAAAUAGGAUUCCUCUUGUGCAUAAAAAGAGAAAAAACUUGUUAGAGCUAUACUAUUAAUUAGCUAAAAAUUAUUUGAUUGGCGAUGCUUCAGCUGCUUAGUACCCCUGAUUUACUAGUACUCAGAUAAAAAGAAAACUUGAUCCAUGGCUUCCUCUACCUCGUACAACCCUCCCUGCGCCGCCUGCAAAUUCCUGCGGCGGAAGUGCAUCCUGGGAUGCGUCUUCUCGCCGCACUUCCCACCGGAGGAGGCGCUGAGGUUCGCCAACGUGCACAAGGUCUUCGGCGCGAGCAACGUGGCGAAGCUGCUGAACGAGCUUCUUCCGCACCAGCGCGCCGCCGCGGCCAGCUCCCUCGCCUACGAGGCCGAGGCCCGCGUCCGCGACCCCGUCCACGGCUGCACCGGCGAAAUCUCCUUCCUGCAGAGGCAGGUCGACCGCCUCCAGAGGGAGCUGGACGCCGCCAACGCAGUCCUUGUGUGGUUUGCCUGCAACGACGUCGUGUCGUUGGAGGCAGCCGGAAGGAGUAAUGUGGGCCUCGGCGGAGGUGGCGGGAGGUUUUAUCAAAUAGGUGGUUUGCCAAUUUCAUAUGAUGUGCCAUGGAAUGAUAUUUAUAAUUGUCAUGGUGGAGGGAUGGAUGGGAGUAAUUGA